UGCGGAGUGAGGAUGAUUGGAUUUGGAUAAGGAAAUGUCGUAAACCCUCUCUUGCUUCGUCCAGGGUUUUUCGCACCUUAAGCUUAGCUCCGGCCAAAUUGAAGCCAGGCUCAGGAUCUCCUUUGAAGAUUGUUCAGACAGGUGAGCUUCAUAAGGAGAGAUUUUCCAUAUAUACAAAUGGCGAGCAUCACCAUGACUUCGGCUUUCGGCUCUUCCUUUCAGAGAGCAAGCACCAGAGACCGCGAGAAAUGUUGUCAGGCCCUCAGGAGAGGUCGUGGGAUAAGGGCAAUGCGGAUAGAGAAACCUCUGGAGGAACUGUACAAUGUGAGGGUGGAGAGGAAAGUGUCGAAGGAGCGGCUCAAGGAGCUCGGCGUUUCGAGAUGGUCAGUGUGGAAAACAGGCAAGUGCCGCUUGCCUUGGGACUGGCAAGUGGAUCAGCUGGUGUACGUGGAGGAAGGGGAAGUCAGGGUCGUGCCCGAGGGGAGCCAACAUUACAUGCAAUUCUUGGCGGGUGACCUCGUUCGUUAUCCAAAGUGGUUUGAGGCUGACCUCUACUUCAAUGGACCGUACCAAGAGCGGUAUAGUUUCCGAGCAUAUGGUGAUGAUUAGUGCUAUCUCAUGGCUUCUACUGACAAACUGGUCCUUCUAUCCGGCACGACUGCUUUCAAUUUACUGUCUGUUCUUGGUAGGUUGCAACUCGGAAGUCCUAUGGCAUGAUGGAUCGGUUUUAGUUUUUUUUUUUUUUUUUGGUUGAAGGAUCAGUUUUAGUUAGUGCUUGGGUUUUUGAGCGAAUAAGGUCUAAAACGUUUGUUACCAGUUGGCUUAUUGUGCACACCCAUGUUAUUCUAAUUCAGGGUGCUGGUUCUUAUAGUGAUAAGAGCUUUGGAGAUUUUAUACCACAUCAGAAAAGGGGAUGCGUAAUUAUGCGCCUGAUAAUUUUUGGGAGGUUCAAAACGUAACAUAACGGUUCGGAGUUGACACAUCUA